ACAGCACAAGCUUUGUCAGUUCUUCCACUGGCGCCAGCCUCCACAGUCAUUCAUAAAGUACCGAGAAGAAACCUGAGAAAACUGCUACCAGGAACUGUUUAACGUUCAGGAGGUCCGCGUAAAAGGAGGCACGGCCAGCUGUUCUAUCUAACAGUACAUAAAGAAGCACGGCAAUCCGAUCGAAAUGGACCAAGAAUCAUAUCGGUUUGUUGAAGGAGUGUGGAUGCACAACUUCUUCCGGGACGAAGCCAUCCGCUCAGUUAUCAAUUUCAAACCCCGGGAUGGAGACAUUGUCAUCAUAACGUAUCCCAAAUGUGGAACCAACUGGACAACGUUCAUUGUCUACAACAUUCUGACACGCAGCAAACAACUUUCCAGUGUUGGAGAGUUUGGGCUCAUGUGCCCGUUUAUUGAGAUGACUGGAGCCGCAGCUGCCGAAAAUCCAUCGAGAGAAGGUCCCAUUAUUACCCACCUGCCGUUGAGAGUUUUCCCACCAGUGGACCACGCAAAGUACAUUUACGUGGCCAGAAACCCUUACGACUGUGCGGUGUCCUAUUACCACUUCCUCAAGGGACUAACUCCAAAGACGGUCACCGAUGUUUCCUUCGAGAAGUUCCUACCGCUUUUUUUAUCCGGCAAAGUAAUUUACGGCGACUAUUUCGACCACCUCUUGGCGUGGUACGAGCGGAGAAACGACGCCAAUGUCCUUUUCCUUACCUAUGAAGAACUUAAGGCGGACACGACAGGGCAAGUGCUCAAAAUCGCUGACUUUCUCGGUAACGACCACGGCGCCGCACUGCGAGAAGACGAGGCGGUUCUGCAGAAGGUGCUGAAGGCCUGCAGUCUGGAGAACAUGAAGGUCUUCUUUAGUGACAAGCCACUGGACCGAGCCAAGAAAAUGGUGGAAACAGCGCAGGAAAAACCAGGUUCUUCUGAAAUGUUGAAGAACAUGCCAACGCCGACUGUCGAGAUGCAUGAGGGUGCGGGGUUCGUGCGUAAGGGAAUCGUAGGCGACUGGAGAAACUACUUCACACCGGAACAAAUAAACGAAACUAAAGACUGGAUAGCGAGAAAGACUGAGGGAAGUGACGUAAUGACGCUAUGGAAUAACUGCGACCUGCCUUAAGCAUUCGAGGGUCAUGGUGUUUUUAUUGUCAGGAGGUGUUGGCGUAAAAGAGGAAUAUUUUACAAUCUGGAAUUCAUUAUCACUAUAUAAUUAAUGCUGUGUACGCGGGCGAAGAUAUGUAAGCUUCCUAUUCCUUUUCUAUAUUUUUUUGUUACCAAUAAAAAUCUUUUACACAAUGCCUAUGAAACGUAGAGGAGAUUUUCAUUUUUUUAUUAUGAUGCAACCUGCGGAUGCAUGUUCAUUGAGCCAAUCACAGUGAAGAGUCCCUAUACAAGAUUCGUCUUUUUAUGUCAUAUCAAAUUCAAAGAACGCUUAUUCACAAUUCAUCAGCCAGAGUGGUCACCAGUAUAAUGAGGUGCCGACCAGAAGGCUAGCUAUAAACCACAAAAGCGAAUUUAUUAACGUAGUUCACGAAUCUAGAAUCUCUUAGCUCCGAAAGUCUAACCCUUGUUGCUGCUUAAGUAAGGGCACGUAAUAACCGUCAAAACAAUAGGAGACUUGCGUGCUCUGACUCUGAGCUUUCACAGUGGUAGCGCGGUGGACUGUUCAUUCUAAAUGGAGCCGCACAAAUCACUACACUAUCCUCUUUUUUAAUUAGGAAGCAUUCCUUGCCUCCUUUUAGGUAUUUUGGGGCAGGUAGGUAAGUGGGUAGGUAGUCAGGUAGGUAUUUCUUGUCUCACCACACUUCGGAACAACUGUAAUUAAAAUAAAUACGUGACCAACCGUGCAAUCGAAACCGAUGUGUUAGAGCACAGCACCCGAAAGCUCUAACCACUCGACCACGAUAGCACUAUGCUCCCCUCGCGCCGAAGUCGCUCUCUUGGACGCUUGGCGUGUGCGUUACGUGCAGGAUUCUUGUGUUGUUUCCUUUUGUCAGCUUGCGCUUUGAGAUUACGUGUUAGACCACACCAUCUCCGGGAUCGGCCUACAUUCUCCAGUUCAUUCCUCGAAGCAGCUUACGCUUGACAGAAACUGCGCGACGUUCUAGUGCCUUCAAGAUUGGUGUAGGUCCAAU